CAAACACCUUCAACCUUCCUCGGCUAGCCUCAAAAAAAUUUCAACCUUCUUCUUUUGCCUACUGGCCCGACUAAUUUAGAUUCGUGUCGGUAGGACGAAAAUUCUCUCAGGACUUAAUCGGUCGAACACGAUUUGACUUCUGAUUAACAGUGAAAGCAGAAUUUUCAUGUGAUUAACUUGUUUCAUCCAAUAAACAUGACGUAUAAAACAAUGAGUUUGUUGCAUAAUUUUCACACCAAGAAACAAGACAAAAUGAAAAGCCUAUACAUGGAUGCCUUAGGCUUUCACGGUGAUACGCAUUUGGUCAUCAUAAGAUUUCACCAUUUGUCGAUUUUGAAGUUGAUUUCUCAAGCAGCCAUUUUGGCAUUGGUUGUUCUCUCUUUCCCCUGGAUUAAUACGAUAAUCAGGGGUUUAACAUCGAGCUACGGAUAUAUUAACGUUUCUAAAGUUGAGAUGGCUAAUUAUAAUCCGAUCAAGUUGGAGUUUUUGCCUCUCAUUUUUCAUGAUUUGGCCAAUGAAGGCCUUCUCAAAAUGGGGGAUAGGUCCCUACUUGUUACCAAUGGAAAUGAAGAUCAAGCUAUUUACAAUUCUCAAGUUACAAGUGAUUACAAGAUGGAUUUGAUUUCUUUUUCAGAUUUGGCACGUCAAAAAAGUCUCUUUCUUAAAGAAACUUUUGACUUUGCGCUAAUUCCCAACGGCUUCUCCGAAUCUGUUAAUUUUAUUGAUCGCGCUCUGAAAGUAGGUGGUAUUGUUGCUGUCCAACUAAUUAACGACAACCCCAUGACUACAUUUAUACAACCAUCAAACUACAAAGUUGUCUAUGUUCGAAAAUUUGAUUCCACAAUUAUUGCCAUGAAAAAGACAAGUACUUAUGCCUCUACCAAAACUAGUACUACUCCUACUACACAUCAUAGAAAAUUGUGCAACUUUGCUCCAAAGGCAAAAGAGGCAGCAUUGAAAAAACUAGAAGAUGUAUUACUUGAACCACCAAGAGCAGCAUCAGGUAAAUCUAGCAGAUAUCUCAAACGGACUCGUUAUUUAUCAGAGUUGAUGGAUAUUCCCCUAGAAAGUUACCCACGAAGGGUCUUUAUUGAUGUUGGUUUACAAGAAAAGAACGAAGGAUCAGCCGAUUCGAGUUGGUUUUCGAAGCAUUAUCCAACGAGGAAUACGAAAUUCGAGAUAUUCAAGAUUGAAACAGUGACAAAAGAGUCAUCUGCACAAUUGAUUGGAAUGUCUGAUUGGCUAAAGAAGAAUGUGAAAGAAAAUGAAUAUGUGGUAAUGAAGGCAGAAGCUGAAGUGGUUGAAGAAAUGGUGAGAAACAAAGCAAUUAGGUUAGUUGAUGAACUCUUCUUGGAGUGUAAACAUCAAGGUAUUAAAAAAGGUGAUAAAAAGAAAAGUAGGAGGGCAUAUUGGGAAUGUUUAUCUUUGUAUGGUAUGUUAAGGGAUGAGGGUGUUGCUGUACACCAAUGGUGGGGUUAAAAAAACUGUACAAGUAUUAAUUAUAACAAGAUUUAUGUACGUAUAAUUGACAAUAUAAAGUUUAUUUGCAUUGUUA